CUCAGAGAAAGCCAGUGCGCGCUGGAGGAGGCAGCAGCGGUGUCCACUGAAAGCAAAAGGAAACGGUGCAGACUUGUCAAACUCAACGCUUGUUAUUCUCCUUUGGAAACAGACCUGAAGCUUUUUUGAUUUUCGAGGAUGUUUUCACUCGGGGAGAAAAUGGAGUUUCUCAUUGGGAAUCCUUAUUCAACGCCUGUGGGUCAGAGAAUCGGUGAGUUUGCUUCCUAAACUAACGUUAUUUGUCAGGUAUUUUCCUCCGUUAGACCCUAAGUGUCUUAACUGAAAAAUCAGCUGUUGGACAUUUCAACAACUUUAACCAAACUGUCUGCAGUGUAACACAUAUAAAUAACGCUUUUAAUGUUGUUUUUCAACUUCCUGGAGGUCAAUAAUAAACUCCAAUUUUCCUAAACCUAAAGAAGUUUGUAAAGCCAAUGACGCUGGAGAGGCGGGUCUCAGCCGCUUCCUCCUGCCGUGCGAUUGGUUACUGCAAGUUAAGGGACAACUGUUUCGACCAAUUGGAGAGUCGCGGACUCUCACUUCCUCAAUCACUGUUGAAGGCUGUUUUUCGAGCCUCAGUUUCACACCUACGUUAUAAUAUAACAGGGCCUCCUCGACCACUGUGUGUUUUGUGAGAAAACAACGAAGCUGCGGUGAUAUCUCAUGGGAGAGCCGGGUUUUUGGAACAAGUUUAGCUUCAUUAACUCUUUCUAAAAGGCUGGAGGCUAACUGCUAAUGUUUAGAAAGAUGUUCAAGCACUCAUCCCUGGUGUGGUCAAUGUCACACACCCAUCUCAAGCCUUCCUUCCUCUUAUCUCAUCCACUGACUCCCUCACACAUCCAUGUCAGAGAGGCUUGGGCUACUUCUGAGAACAGAAGCAGCUGACAGUCACAUGAAGAGGAGGGAGCUGAGGAAGGGGAGAGGGGAGGAAGGGAGGGAGGGAUGGAGGGAGGGAGUGGACCUGAGGAGGGGUAGAGAAUCAAAAGGGAUUGGGAAAAGCAGGGAUAAGAGAUUUGAGGAGUGUGGGGUUUGUGGUGGAAAGGAAUGAAGGAGAUUUACAGACUUAGGAGAAGCCGGUGAAGGAGUGAGUGCAAAGAAAGCUGGCUUUGAUUGCUAAACAGUUUUGAGGUAAAUACAUAUCUGAACUGAACCCUAUUUUCAGCUGGCGUAUUACCAUGAACAAUGAACUCCUAUUGGAGGAUACUACUUUACUUGGGAGGGUUUAUUAUUUAAUUUCGUCUGCACUUCUGUUGAUGGAUUAAAACGUGUUAAAUAAUUUUUCCAUGAGGUGAUGGCAGGUAUUUCUUCAGCCAAUCAGAAUCAGUCUUACUGUGAUCGCAUUGACACAGUUCUAGAAAUCUGUGUGUCAUAAGCAUAGACUGUAUGUAGAAUGGCCGUCGUCUGCCUUGUGAAGCCACUUCGAGAACAGCAACCUCUGGUGACGGGUUGCAAUAUAGGUCAUUAAUCCUGCAUCCUCCAGCAAUUCCUAUGGGGCUGUGGACAAACUUUAGAAAUUUAUUACACAGAAUAUAAUUUUUUCUCCCUGCUUGCAAUGUUUGACAUGUAGUGAUUGUCAAACAGGUUUGUGCUCAAGUCCUCUUUUUUUCUGUACAGCUCCAUUUUUAAAAGUUAUUAUAGGGUUCAUGUUUUUUAUUAUUGACACCUGAUACAGCCUAUGGGCAUUUAGGAUUGCGUAGCUCACCUGGGGAAUAUGCUGUUUGAGCCAAGCGUCAUCACAGCGACUCUCCCGUCCAAUGCGUACAAUGCUACUGCGGAAUGUUGGUUUCAGGAAAUGGAGAAAAAACGCGGAGAGAUUUUUGGCUUCAAAUCCGAGUACCGGCGAAAGGCGGAACCAAGUUGUCCAUAGUUCACACAGUCUAUGGUCAUAAGCUUACAUUUUGCCUGAAGCCUUUGAUUGAUUGACUGUAACUGCAACGACUAUUAUUUGGCGCCAUACAAAAGGGUAAGUGACUGAAAAUUGAUCGGCCAAACACUCCCCCCUCAGCUAAGCCCAGCAAUUAAACAUCUUUACGCUCAUCGUUUUGGCUUCCUGCCGUCUUAUCCUCACACAUUAGCAUCACUUUUUUCAAAGUGUUGCUGUCAGCUCCUGCCACCUGCUUUUAUCCUUCAGUGCAAAAACUCUGAGAUCCCAUCUGAUCAGCACACAACAGAAUAAAGAUGGUGGAGACCAAAUAAGAGCUCUGAGUAGAGAAAAUGUUUGACUCUCCUUCAGUUUACAGCUUCAAUUUAAUGUUUAAUGAUGAUGUUCAAAGAGUUAGAUGAAGGUGUUAUGAAAGGAUUGUCUGCAUAUUUUCUCGCAAAUAACAUAAUACUGUCUGUGAGUGUUCUUCUUCUUCUUGCGAAAUGUACCUUUUCCCUAUCAGUACGGCUGUUUUGUCCUCUGUUGACAGAGCGGGCGACCAGCGGCCUUCUGCAGUCAGACGACUGGGGACUUAACAUGGAGAUUUGUGAUAUCAUCAACGAGACGGAUGAAGGGUAGAGUUGUCACAUAAUGCUGUUCUUUCAAAUUGUUUCAAAGUCGCAGACAAGUUUUCACAGUUGAAUGAAAUCAUGAGGGAUUCAUAAAGUUGGUCCACCCUUCUGUGAUCUCAGUUGUUUGUUUGUUCGGUAGGUGGUCUGAAGUGACAUGGUUUCAUCAAGAACUACACAGUGUCUCUAUACCGAUUGAUCCACUUACAUUUAAGGGCAAUAUCAGCUGUUUUUGUGUUUGUUUUGUGAUGCAAUGGGGAAUGUCAAUGUACCUUGAAUUUAGAUAGUUUGGGGUACAUUGACAUAUAUAGUGAAAGUGUAUUUACCCUUUUUUUUUUGUUACCGGAACAGUCUCUCCAUAAACUUUUUACAAAGUCAGGAAUUAUUGACAACCCCAAAGAAAACCUUGUAAUCCUCCUCUUUAAAAAUUGAUUAUUCAUGUUUGAUUUAAAGAUGAAAAAUCAAGUGAACUGGUCGACUGAUGCAAAUUUGUUUACUUCCCCCACAGGCCAAGAGAUGCAGUUAAAGCUAUUAAGAAGAGAAUCGUAGGAAACAAGAACUUCAGAGAGAUUAUGUUGGCGCUGACUGUGAGUAAUAGUCUGCGGUUCAUUGUAUAUAAAGGUUCUAUUCAUACUUUAUUUAGUGGAGGAUUGCAGGGUCAGAGAGUAAUAUGAAUGACCUUUGUCCUGACUGGCCUGUGGCCUACAGGACAUGCUUGCAUCAAGUUGUUUACACAAGUUGUAAAAUCUCAUCUGAAGUCUUUUGGUACAGUACACAGUCUGGAUUACUGAAACAUUAUUUUAUUUCUAAGGAUUUUUUAAACAGAGAUUGAAUGACUUUGUACUUCAGGUGCUUGAGACCUGUGUGAAGAACUGCGGUCACCGUUUCCAAGUUCUGGUGGCUUCACAGGAGUUUGUUGAAGGAGUUCUGGUGCGCUCCAUCCUGCCCAAAUAUAACCCCCCGACUGCCCUUCACGACCGGGUGCUUAGCCUUAUUCAGGUAAACUUCAGAAACUAAACUCUUGUUUGUAAUAGUUACACAACAACAACCUUAAAAGUAUUGAUGAAUCAAUGGAUGACGAUUUGAAUCUUUUUUUAGGAGUAGAUCAGAAGUUACAGGGUGUGUUUACAUCUCAUGUUUUUUUUUACUCACUGCUGGAUUCAUAAUAGUUACAGUAAUACUCGUAUCUCUCUGUCUCUGUGGUCUUAUUUUUGAAAUGCUCACAUUUGUAAAUAUUCUCCACUGUCUAAGCCGGUUAUGUGUUGUCACAGACACAGGAAUAAUCAGAUGAGAAUUAGGAAUGGUGUUUUUCUUGUUUUCUUUUCUCAUGUGAUAUUUGUUGCUGUAUCCUCUCACACUGAUUUUGGAAUAAACCUCAUCUUGGUCAAAUGUUCUCGCCCCUCACUCAGUCCUGGGCUGAUGCAUUUCGUAGCUCCCCGUCCUUGGCAGGGGUGGUGUACGUGUAUGAUGACUUGAGGAGGCGGGGCCUGGAGUUUCCCAUGACGGAUCUAGACGCUCUGUCUCCCAUUCACACCCCUAAUAGGGUAAGAAUGUUGACGAAGUAAAAGUAAUCAAUCAAUCAAACCAACUAAUACCAACCUUUCUUUAAGAAUUUACAGUCUUUGACUUUACCUUGCAGAGUAUCCCCGAAAAUGGGACCCCUGACACAGCCCCUGAUUCUACCCCCACACAGCCAGAACCACAAGAACCUCCCAGUGUCCCUCCACAAAAUACUCCUCCUACAGUCCAGCUCAGUGAGGGACCAGUAAACCUAUCCGCUGAACAGGUAUGAUUACCUUUAUGUUUGCAGAUAUGAAAGUCCUCUACUGUGGACGUUAUCUAGAUGAAUGGAAAGAAGAGUAUUUGUUUUUUUGUUGUUGUUGUUUUUAGUUUGUGUUGAUUGAAAUGAACUCUGUCUGAAACUCAGGAACAGAAGUUACGAAGUGACAUUGCUCUGAUAAAGGGGAACCUCACUGUGAUGUCAGAGAUGCUGAAUGAGCUGACACCUGGACAGACCCAACAUGAUGAUACAGAGCUACUACAGGUGUGUGUGUGUGAGUGUGUUAAUGUGUGUGUUAAUGUGUUUUGAAACACAUUAACAAAAGACAAAACUCAAUAGUGGAUAUUAGAUUAAAGAAUAAAUAAUACUAUAACCUUUUGUAUAUUGAAUUAUCAUUAUAAUAUCAUAAAUUAUACAUAUCGCAGACCAAUUUGCUCAUUGGGCUUGCUCCUUUUUAUCUCUCUGACCUUUUAAAACCCCAUGUUUCAUCUCGGACUCUCAGAUCCUCUGACCAGUGCCUUCUGACUGUCCCUAGGUCAAGAUUAAAGUUCAGGGGUGACAGGGCUUUUUCCCUUGCUGCGCCUAAGCUCUGGAAUGCUCUUCCUCUUCAUGUCCCCCUCACUGCCUGUUUUUAAAUCAAAGAUGAAAACGCACUUUUACUCCCUGGCUUUUAACACCCGAGAACUUUUAAUCAUGUUUUUACUGAAUCAUCUAUGUCCCCCUGUUUUUAAUGUGUUCCUGUGUCUUUGUUUUAUUGUUCGUGUUAAUUGUCUGUUUUUAUUGUUUUUAAUUUUUACUGUGCAGCACUUUGGUCAGCGUUUUGUCCUUUUUAAAUGUGCUUUAUAAAUAAACCUGGAUUGGAUUGGAUUGAGAAAAAAGAACAAAAACAAAAUUGAAAAUUGAAAUUAAAUGGAUUUGUGACAUGUUGCAACUGUCCCUGCGCAGUGUUGUAACUGUCGCAGGGGUGGGGUUGGUUGCAACAGUUGACUUUUUUUUAAAUUAAUGAAUAUUGUGAAAAAUCUGUCUGAUGUAAUCAUAUCUAAAUGGUAUGGGGAAUUAGAGGACAGAUGCAAAUUUACUUUAUAAAAAAAUGGUUGGCCUAGUCCAAAUCAUCUCUGAGUAAUUAAGAGAAAGAAAAAAGUGUUGCAACUGUCCCCAGUCUCCCCUAUAUCUUCAAACAAGGUCUACAUAUGAUCUACAGAGGUGCCACAAAAUAUCAGCUUCAAGCUACAUUUUCUGUGGCGAUUGGUUGUUGAAGCAUCUGUACAUACAUGUGCUAUAAACUGAAUUUUAAUUCCUAUGCAUGAAAAUGUUUUAAAGGUUCUUGUAGUAAUUUCUAAGCUGUUUAUUUUGGUUUUAGAUUAUGGAAAGUUGUUCUCUAAUCUACGACUAUCCGAUCUGUCCUGUCUUUGUCCGAGCAGCAGCUGUACUCUGUGUGUAAGAACAUGCAGACUCGAGUGGUGGAGCUCAUCCCUCAGCUGUUGGAUGAGCGAUUUAUCGAAGAGCUGCUUGUGAUCAAUGAUGACCUCAACAAUGCUUUUAUCCGUUAUGAGAGGUGCGCUGCUGUUUUUUUAAUCUACAAAUGCUGUUCUGAGAUUUGCAGCUAAUAACUUGCUGCUCAUUUCAAACUCAUUAAAGUGUAAAUGCAUUUCAGAUUUGACAGACUGAACAAGGCGCAAAUGACGAAUAAUCAACAAGUAAGCACAAACUCGGUCUCCUCUUUCAUUUGUAAUCAUACAUUUUAAUAUGACAUGUAACAGGAAACCGAAAAAUAUUCAUGUCUGCUCUUCCCACACCGUGUGACUCCAUUUGUGUUGUGCGUUCAUGUUAACAGAGCUCUACCACAAGCCAGAACCUCAUUGACCUCAGUCCUGAGCCAGCGUCACUAAACCAACCUGCCGUCAUCACAGAAACCAGCCAACCAGCAGUCAACACAUGGGCCACUCAACGACAAUCACCCAACCACAGUGCGUAUUCCUUUUUUUGUAAUUUUUCCAUCAAAUCUGUUUGUAUGAAUUUCUUAAAAUAAAGUCAUAGUUUUCAGUUUUCUGGUUGAAAACAGGAUUUUAUAGCUGCACAUGACAGAAAACUACAGAACUGUGUUUGAAAGUUGAAGAUUGUGGUAAAGUGGGGGAAUUAAAUGGUUAUUUUUGAUGAUUAGAGUUUUUAUGAUACGUGUGUGGGUCCAAAAGUUUGCCGUUUUUACUACUCACAAAUCACACUUGGAGAUAAAAAGAGAAAGUGCUGUUUUCAAGAGUGACUGACUGUGAUUUAUUAUGAAAUAGACAUUCCUAUAGAUAUGUAGAUACACAAAUAAAAGUUUCCUUUUAGUGGUGGUUUAAGAAGUGAACCCCUUUUUCUCUUGCAGAAGAGGAGGAAGAAUUCGACAUGUUUGCCCAGACGAGAGGCAGCUCCCUGGCUGAGCAGAGGAAAAGGUAAAUGGUGCUACCUGUUAACACAAAGACAAAGGUACCGAGUCAGAUACAGGGAGUCUUUUUUCCACACUUUACUUUCCCACUAGAAGCCCAUUCGUUUUUAAACGAUAUUUGCUAAUGUAACAACGGGAGAUGAAUAAAUUAAGCUGUUUGAAAGAGAAACAGAAGAGAUGUAUGUGGGAGAGUUGGAGAGUCGGUGAGUCAGGGAAUCAGAGAGUCAGAAGAGUAAGGAAAGUCAGGGGAAUCAGAGAGUAAGGAGAGUCAGUAAGUAAGGAGAGUUAGAAGAGUCAGAAAGUAAGGAGAUCAGCUUUUUGGGUCUGUUAGCUUUGAAAGAGACAAUAACGUAGCCAAAAUAAAAUAGUGAGUGAUUCUGACUGUGCAUUUGUGGUGAUAAGUGCAACCACUUCCCAUCACAAACAGCAGCUGAAUGGUGGUUCCUCUUUAAAGUAUGUGUUCAGCUCUUCUUUUUCUUUUUUAUUAAUCCUUUUACAUCAUGACACAACCUUUGGGCCACACAGUUAGUUUAAUUGUGUCUGAGCUGCUGAAGGAAAGACUGUGGUGAUAUCAAAAACUGUAAAGCCAUUACUGUGGCUGUUGGGUUAGUUUGGGCACCAGUCAGCUGAUCAGCGUGCUGCAGGAAGAAGACAUUGUGUCUGAGGAUGGAAAAAGUGCAUUUUCAAGUACAGUGUGCACUUACACUAGGAUACUGCUUUUUUUUAAAGUCUCUUAGAAUUAACUAAAUUGUGUUGAGGACUGACGUUACCUGUAGCUCUUGAUAUCAAUGUUUAAAUUCUGGUUUUGUCUGGUUUCUUAACACAGAGGCUGAGCUGGCGGGCAAGUUUCUUAUACUAACCUUCUUUAAAGAUGUGUCAGUAUCUCUUGUGACAGUGAUGCAACAAUUCAGUUUAACUUCAGAGAAUGAAGUUACUGUGCCAUUAGACCAGACAGUAUUUGGUGUAAAAUACAUUUUCAGUUUACUGUGUCUUACAUUUUCAUCUUUUACUGUCCACAGUGUCAGGUAUGAAGACCCUGGUGCUGUGGAGGGUCUUGCUGGAGCUCUGGAUACGAGGUUGCACGUCACAGGAGGGGUUCGUCCAACACUAUCAAAUUAAACUCGGAUUUUAACAAAAAAAAAAAAGUACUUUAUAAAUGAUCAAGUAUUUUCUCUCUCUUUCUCAAUAACUCUGUUUCAGAUGCCACCAGCAAAGAACUCUCUGAAGGGUGACAUCGAUAAGUGGUUAUCUUCUGAUAUGGUAAAAGAAAUUCUGUCUUUAAAACAUGCUUUUAUUUUUAAGGAAAAAAGAAUUGGAUGUUUCAGAGAGAGUGUCUGUUUUUUUUAAUGUGUGUGUUUUAUUGGGUUUGGGUCUGCAGGCAGAACAGUCUUCAGUAAGUGAGGGUGUGUCCAGUGAAGGUGAGUACCUUAAUCUGCUGUUUUUAUCGCUUUUAUAAGUUUAAUAAUAUUGAUUCACUUAUUCUGUGUUAACAUGCAUAAAUGGUAAACUUUCCUUUUUUUUUUUUUUUUUUUGUUUGUUUUUUAGAGUUUGAUAAAUUUCUGGAAGAUCGUGCAAAAGCAUCAGACCACAGCAGCCAGGCGAUUCGCAGCGUUUCGCCGUCUUCGUCCAGACCGCCACCGUCGCAGUCGUCCUUCCAGCAGGAGAGAUCACAUGACCAACUUUUUUCACUUUGAUUGUUGUGGACAUAAAAGUUCAACAUGCACACGCAAUUCCAUUCAGACAUGGCUGGUAUCAUUCACAUACUGUACCUCUGAAAGCACACACACACACAUACACACACAGCCGCUUACUGAAGCUGACAUAAAACUGCUGCCCGAUCAUCUCGCUGCAUUUUGUCUUUUUGAAAUCUGCUGUUUAUCUCUAUGUAAGAAUAAGAAAUUUAAUGUGACUAUAUUUAUAAAAAUGUCUUACUAUAAUGUUGAUGUAAACCAAAACUUUAUUAGAACAAGUGUUGACUGUUUAUAAUAGUAUUACAAAUAAAUGUCAUGUCAACCCAUCAUUUACCUUUUGACCAAAGCAGCUGAUUUUGUGUAGAUGAGAAUAAAUGGGGCAUUGUCCUACAAAAAAA